AUGAAUCACCCCCAGACUCAGAAAGCUUACACCUUCCUUAGAGUCACAACUGAACAGUUUUGUGACAACGACAUCCUGCAGCUCAUCGGCGGCAGAUGCGACGGCGUCAUAGACCAGCUGACGGAGGAGUGGGGCGAGCGGCUGUUCGCAGCGCUGGCACGCGCGGGUGGGCGGGCGCACAACAACAUGGCGGUGGGGUACAACAACAUCGACAUGGACACAGCUACGAAGCACAGCAUAAAUGUCGGCAACACGCCCGUGAGUGGUCCGUCUGUGCUCUCCUGGCAAUUUUCCUGGCGGCACCAGUCGGGCGUGCUCACUGAGACGACUGCGGAGCUGGCGGCUUCGCUGACGCUGGCGGCAGCACGACGCGUGGUGGAGGCGGAUUACUUCAUGCGCGCAGGGAAAUACGACGGGUGGCUGCCCACCAUGUUCAUCAGCAAUCUGCUCAAGGUGCAGACGGUGGGCAUCAUCGGCGCGGGGCGCAUUGGCAGCGCCUAUGCACGCAUGAUGGUGGAGGGCUUCAAAAUGAACCUCAUCUACUGCGACCUGUACCAGUCCAAGCGGCAAGAAGAGAGUGUUUCUUCGACAUCCUAUCCACACUCCCCUUUCUCCCUCGCCCCACGCUUUCCCCAUCUUCUGCCAACCUACUCCCACUUCCUCCAAUCACAGGGCGAGCCGCCCGUGACAUGGCACCCGUUUCACCGCCUCUCUCAUUCCCCUCUAUACCUCUCUCCCCUCUUAAAGGACGCCAUACUGGUGAACUGCAGCAGGGGUUCGGUGGUGGACGAGGUGGCACUGGUGAGGCACCUCAAGGCCAACCCCGCCUUCAGAGCUGCUCUCGGCAUCGAGGAGCAAUGCAACCCCUCAGGCCCAUACGUAGAAUCUCACCCGAUUCUGUGUGCCAACACUGAUCCCACCCUUCUCUAUGCCUCCCGGCAUCAGGAAGAGACGCUGAUGAAGCAGUACUUCUACACACUCCUCAACGUGGACGAGGUACUGAUGAAACCUGGUCUCUCUACGCUCCCUAACGUGGUGGUAGUGCCGCAACUCACCCCUCUCAACCCUCCAUCACACAUCCCCUCUCUCGGCCCCCUUCCUCUCUGCCUUCCUCUCCCCCUUCCUCUCAUUGCAUCAGGACGAGCCACUGAUGAAUCCGGGCCUCUCCAAGCUUCCCAACGUGAUGGUUGUGCCGCACAUCGCCUCCGCCUCGCAGUGGAUGCGCGCCGGCAUGGCUGCCCUCGUUGCUCUCAACGUCGUCUCUCUGUGCUCCCCCAGGGGAAGCUACAGAGGCACCAUGUGUGGCACAACACCAAUGGUGUGCCCAUCUUGCUCGAGGUGACUUUUGAGUCGACUCAAAAGUCACCUCAUGUGUGGCACAACACCAAUGGUGUGCCCAUCUUGCUCGAGGUGACUUUUGAGUCGACUCAAAAGUCACCUCAUGUGUGGCACAACACCAAUGGUGUGCCCAUCUUGCUCGAGGUGACUUUUGAGUCGACUCAAAAGUCACCUCAUGUGUGGCACAACACCAAUGGUGUGCCCAUCUUGCUCGAGGUGACUUUUGAGUCGACUCAAAAGUCACCUCAUGUGUGGCACAACACCAAUGGCGAAGCUAUAGGGCUACCCCAUGUGGCACAACCCCAACGACGUGCUGCCCUUCCUCGACCCCACCAGCCCACCCCCCAAGGUGUGCCCCAGCAUCGUCAACGCCAUGCAGCUAGGCGCGUGUUUGCUGCUUGGCGUGUGCUUUUUGUUAUUUUAUUCAUGAUCCUUCAACCCCCACCAUCAUUCCUCACCUCGACCACGCCUCUCAACUCUCCUCAACCCCCUUUCCCCCUUUCCCCCUUUCUUUCUUCCCCUCUACCUUUCCUCCUGUCUCCCUCCCCUGCCCUCUCCUUUCUCCCCUCUGCCUCUCCCCCUUCACCCCCCUUCCCUGUGCAUUUCCGAGGUCUGCCCACAAUCACUCCUUCCAAGUUGUGA